UACCAAUGGAACAGUAAUUAACAAACUGAAGGUUGUUAAGAAGCAGACUUGCCCUUUGCAGACUGGGGAUACCAUCUACGUGGUGUACAGGAAGAAUGAGCCGGAACACAAUGCCCCUGCGCUGAGGAAUGGGGCGUGGGUGUGCAGGACCCGCCCGGGCCUUCUGUGAGGCUGUGUGGUCAUUAGCAGUGAAUCUCAAUGGCAGCUGAGGGAAAGAUGGAUGGAGGUGGGGUGGAUCGUAUAACAGAAGAAAUGUGAGUCGUGGGAAAUAAAAUGAGGAAUGGGGGACUGGAGACCACUAAGGAUUUCUGUGUUUGGAGACACUGCAAACAAAGGCUGAGGUGAGACUGGAUUCCACCAGGGCUUUUCCAGAUCGAGAGUCUAUGUUUAGUUUGCAGAAGAAGAUGGAGUAGAACAAAGAGACCUUAGAAAGGUCAGGGGAUAAAAUAUUUACUGUUGACGGGAAGUAAGAGAAAGAAGGGGACAGAUAUUCCUGACGUCAUUUUCAACAUAAUCCAGACCAGCCCCUUGCCACGCAUGUGUUUUACCUGUCCUUUCGGUGGCUUGGCAUUGGACACAAGGCUUCAUCUUGUCAUCUCUGCCUUCCUCUAGUUGACCUUCUGGUCCCAGACUUUUUUGCUGAGGCUUCUUUAUUUUAAAGUUGAUCAAGAUAUUUUGAAUCAUAUUCUGAAAUAUCUUGACCAGGCCAAUUUUGAGUUACUGGCUGAGAAGUUAAAAUAGUCAACAAAGUCAGAUUGACCGUGAAGGGAUUGCUGGGAAGACUUCAGGGGUUUUAGGGAACAGAAGAAAAAGGGGUUCUCAGUUUACACAUGGACCAGUGCACCUCUGAUUUGAUUGAUUUCCUUUUAGAUGUGGCAUACCUCUAUGAGUCUUUAAAUGAAAAGCAAGGCAUAACACAAGAAUCCUUUGAAGCUGGUAAAGAAAAUGUGUUCCAUGUGACCAGCGAUGCCUCGGGUGCAGGGGGUGGUGACGGCACGCAGGCCCUGCUGCCUGCGCCUGCUGCUCAGCCGUGCCUCGAUGAGCCACAGCCAUCCACGUCCACAUCCGACCUCUUCACAGCGGCCGCUGCUGCUUUUGUGGAGCCCACCUCUGCAGAGCAGGAGCCCUCUUCCUCUCCGGGGGCCGGGAGUGCAGGAUGUGCUCCGUGUGUGGCAAGUGACGGAAUCUCCAGUUUUGCUUCAACUCUCCCUGACACAGAGGGAACAUCAUUUUCCUUGGCAGAACCCCAGGAUCAGGAGGACUUGGAGCCCAUUAAAAAGAAAAUGAAAGGAGAUGGGGAGCCCAGUGUGACUCUUCAGUUGUUUGUGGCAGACCAGUGUAAAAACAGCCAAAGCUCCCGCGAGGGGGUCGGGGCCGUGGCCGUGAAGCCGGACAAGAUGGAGGAGACCCUAACCUGCGUCAUCUGUCAGGAGCUGCUGCACGACUGUGUCAGUCUGCAGCCCUGCAUGCACACGUUCUGUGCAGCUUGCUACUCAGGCUGGAUGGAGCGCUCGUCCUUGUGCCCGACGUGCCGCUGUCCUGUGGAGCGCAUCUGCAAGAACCACAUCCUCAACAACCUGGUGGAGGCCUACCUCACCCAGCACCCAGACAAGUGCCGCACUGAGGAAGAAGUGCGAAGUAUGGAUGCCAGGAAUAAAAUCACCCAAGACAUGCUGCAGCCAAAGGUCAGGAGGUCUUUUUCUGACGAGGAAGGGAGCUCCGAGGACCUGCUGGAGCUGUCGGAUGCUGACAGCGAAUCCUCGGAUGUCAGCCAGCCGUACGUCGUGUGCAGACAGUGCCCAGAGUACAGGAGGCAGAUGGCACAGCCCCUUCCCUGCCCAGGGCCCGAGGGCGAGCUGGGAGCACUGCAUGCCCCGGGGGACACCCCGUCAACAUCCGCCAGCCACGCUCCAGCGACCCCGGAGUACGUGUGCCCGCUGCAGGGCAGCCACGCCAUCUGCACCUGCUGCUUCCAGCCCAUGCCGGACCGCAGGGCCGAGCGCGAGCGGAGCCCGCACGUCGCCCCGCAGCAGUGUGCGGUUUGCCUGCAGCCCUUCUGCCACCUGUACUGGGGCUGCCCCCGCGCGGGCUGCUUCGGCUGCCUGGCCCCGUUCUGUGAGCUCAACCUUGGUGACAAGUGCCUGGACGGCGUGCUGAACGGCAACAACUACGAGUCGGACAUCCUGAAGAAUUACUUGGCAACCAGGGGUUUGACGUGGAAAAACGUGUUGACGGACAGUCUCGUGGCUCUGCAGAGGGGAGUGUUUUUAUUGUCUGACCCCAGGGUCAGCGGGACCACUGUUCUGUGCUACUGCUGCGGCCUGCGCAGCUUCCGGGAACUCGCCUACCAGUACCGCCAGGGCAUCCCUGCCUCCGAGCUGCCAGUGGCUGUAACAUCCCGUCCUGAUUGCUACUGGGGUCGCAACUGCCGGACUCAGGUGAAAGCGCACCAUGCGAUGAAAUUCAAUCAUAUUUGUGAACAAACACGAUUCAAGAACUAAGCAUCCGUUGGAGCAGUGAAGUGGUUUUAGAGCACUGACGAGUACAUGCAAAAGUUUCUCAAAGGCUUAAAGACUGAAUUCAGACGUUCUGAGGGGUCCUGGCGGCUCCCUCCUCCAGGGACGCUGGGUGACUUUUCCCUGCUCGAGCUUCACCCUCUGCGGGCGCCUUUCUGGGGCCUGGAGGCUGCUGGGCGUGGGCCCGCGAGGGACCGAGAGUGGGAUCGGGGACCGUCGUGGCCUCGUGGCCCAUGGCGCGUCUUCCUGGUUGACACUCGUCCCAGGUGCUCUGUGCGUCCCUGGGGGCCGCGGCCCGGGGAACCUGCCACGUCACCCUCGUCGUCCUGGCUCCAGGCGCUGGGCGCUUCUAUAGAAGAGCAGAUGCCCCCUCUCAAGACCCCCGCGGGCGGCUCAGCCUGUCUACCGUUUCCACAGCUGUGGUCAAAACGGAAACCUGUCUUUAAGAAGAGUUCCACAGGAGAAAAAGGAAGUUUAUCAGAAGCCUGUUGUGUGAGUUUACAGCCUAGGCUUUGUCCAGAAUAUUCUGCUGUAGGGAGAACCACAGCAUUUUAUAUAUUUUUUAUUUUAAUAGGCUUGGUGCUUACUUUCUAAUAAGAUUUAAAUAUCACAAACUGUAGGGCAAAUAAUAUAAUUUAUAAUUUACAUGUUGACUAAAAUUGGGGAUAAUAUGAAAGAAUAAACAUAUGUUUCUAUCUAUUAAAAAAAAGAUCGUAAAAUGUCCCAAACUGUUAACUUUAGAGGAUCCAGCAGCAAGUUGGCACAGUUCUUUUUGAGAUGGGUAUGUAAGUUGAGUCAUUAAUAUUUCUUAGUGUGGCUCUCGUGUGGGCCCACUCUCGGCCACAGGCCGAUGGGAACAUGGAGGCACAGAAAGCCAGGGUGCUUAUGGCAUCAGGGAUCUCCUCGGCUGAUCGCUGGGGUCUUGGCCUGACUGCCCCGGAGUGCCCUCUGCUCAUGCUGCCCGUGGCCAGAAGCCUCUGUCUCCGUACCCUGCACACACUCUCAUUGCUUCCCAGUAAUGGGCGUUCGAGGCAGUGGGUCACCAGGGUGGGUUGGCACGAGGCAGCUCCCCGUGCUCGCCAAGCCUCUGCCCUGUGGGGCUCCGGCCGCACUGCACCGUCUGUCCCUCCGGGAUCCCAGGGAGCUCGAGGACCGUGUGCAUGGGGACCAGUCUGAGCCGCUGCGGUGGGGAGCCGGCUGCCCUGCGUGGCCUUUGCUUCCUUCCCGGCUCACCUCUGCCCCUGCCUUCUGCAUCAGGAGUGCCAUUUCAUCUGGAAGAAUACUUGAAAUUUUGCUUUUUGUAUAUUAAAAAAAAUCAUUUUUUUUCCUUU